GUGGCAAAAUAAUUGUUAUAUUUUGAAGCAUUUGCAUUGUAUAUUACUAAUACGAUGUUAGUUUAAUUUCUUGAUUUCAAUAUUAGAAAAUUAGUUUCAAAAUACUCUAAUAUCCUUCAAAUAUAAGUUUUGUUUUGAUAUUGAAAGAUAGAGUUAUUAAAUCUGUCAAUAUGAGUACGAGACCAGACGACCACCGUCGAAAGUGGGAUAAAGACGAAUUUGAAAGAAUCGCAACAGAAAGAUUAAAAGCAGAACUAGAAGAAGAAGAAGAACGAGCCAAAAAGAAACCACCGCCAGUAAAAAGAGAACUCUUGAAACAACGGGAUUAUAAAGUUGACUUAGAUUCUAAACUAGGCAAAAGCGUUGUCAUAACAAAGAACACUCCAACAUCCCAGUCUGGUGGAUACUAUUGUAAUGUUUGUGACUGUGUAGUCAAAGAUUCAAUUAACUUUUUGGACCACAUAAAUGGCAAAAAACAUCAACGUAACCUUGGCAUGUCCAUGAAGAUAGAGAGAAGCACAUUAGACCAAGUUAAAGCGAGAUUCUCAUUAAACAAGCGUAAACUGGAAGAGAAAAAACACGAUUACGAAUUGGACACACGAUUAAGGGAAGCUGCUGAAGAAGAGGCGAGAUUAAAGGAACUCCGUCGUGAGAGACGCCGUGACAAGAAACGUAAAAUACAAGAUACAGAGGAAACAGAUGAUUCCCCAGCUCAGUCAGAACUUGCUCAAAUAAUGGGUUUCUCAGGUUUUGGAGGUUCAAAAAAGUGAAUGUACACAAAUUUUACAAACACCUAUUUGUAUCAAUAUUAAAGUAUGUUAAUUAAAUACAGAAUUAGUAAAUUGUA